CAAAUGUUGUAGGGACUGACCAAACCAACAGAAAUAGAGAUCAAAACUCAAAAGACCUUUCACGUGACUCUCUGACCCUCUUUCUCUCUCUAGUAAAAAACACACAGUGUCACUCUUUCUCUCUCUAGAAAAAAAACACACAGUCACACAGUGUCACAAAUUAACGACACUCAAAAAAAGAAGAGGGAACAAUGAAACUCAAACAAAAACAAACAAUUCAUCAAAAGUCUCAUCCACUCUCGCUCUCACUCUCACUCUCUCUCCUCUAACAAUGCAUAUACUUCCAAUAAGCCUUUUUCAAGGCGUCUUCUCUCUCCUCCUUUUCAUUCUCUCUCUACUCGCCGCCAUCUCCGCCGCCCAAUCGCCGUCGUCCACGGCCAACUCACUCUUACCCUCAGACGCGGUCGCGCUUCUCUCGUUCAAGUCCAAAGCGGACUUGGACCACAAGCUUCUCUACACUCUCAACGAGAGGUUUGACUACUGUCAAUGGGUUGGUGUGAAGUGUGUCCAAGGCCGAGUCGUGAGGUUCGCCGUCUCUGGGUUGGGUCUCCGGGGAGAGGUCGCACCCAACACCUUGUCUCGUCUUGACCAGCUCCGAGUCCUGACUCUGCAGAACAACUCGCUCGCCGGAGCGAUUCCUGACCUCGCCGGACUCGCCAACCUCAAAACCCUCUUCCUCGACCAGAACUCCUUCUCCGGCACUUUCCCGCGCUCAGUCCUCUCUCUCCAUCGUCUUCGCACUCUCGAUCUGUCUCACAACAACCUCACCGGUUCAAUCCCGACCGAGCUCACCCUUCUGGACAGGCUCAACUAUCUCCGGCUCGAUUGGAACCGGUUCAACGGCUCGAUCCCACCCCUCAACCAGUCCGCUCUCGCAGUCUUCAAUGUCUCCGUCAACAACCUCACCGGACCGAUCCCGGUCACUCCCACGCUCUCCCGCUUCGACACUUCUUCGUUUUCAUGGAACCCUAGCCUCUGCGGGGAGAUCAUCGACAAAGCAUGCGGUUCCAGUACUUCCCCGUUCUUCAACUCCUCCUCCGCCGCCGCCGCCGCCUCGCCGCCUACGCCUCUUAUCCAGAACGCACAGGGAGUGGUUAUCUCGCCGCCGUCGCCGAAGAAGCACAAGAGAAUCGGCGUGAUUAUACUCUUGGUCAUCGCAAUUCUAAUCCUCAUCGCAGCUGUUCUGUGUUGCUUCGUGUUGAUCAAAAAGCGACGACACCAAAUGUCAUCGUCAAAAUCAACAAUGUCCAGUCCUGAGAAUGCAAAUACUGAUGCUACAAACAACAACACAUUGAUUAUUGUAGAGAAUGAACCAGAAGUUAAAGAGAAGACAACCCAGAUUCAGAUUCAGAGUGUUCAACAACACCGUGAAAAGAGUGGGACUUUGGUGUUCUGUAGCGGCGAAGCAGAGAUGUAUACUCUGGAGCAGCUGAUGAGGGCUUCGGCGGAGCUGCUGGGGAGGGGUACGAUGGGGACGACGUACAAGGCGGUGAUGGAUAGUCGGCUGAUCGUGUCGGUGAAGAGGGUCGACGCCGGUAAGACGGCGAUUACGACGGGCGAGAUGUUUGAAAGGCAUAUGGAGUUGGUUGGGGGUCUUAGGCACCCGAAUUUGGUCCCUGUUAGGGCAUAUUUUCAGGCAAAACAAGAGAGGCUCAUCAUCUACGAUUAUCAGCCAAAUGGGAGUCUCUUCAAUCUCAUUCAUGGUUCAAGAUCAACCAGAGCGAAACCUCUUCACUGGACAUCGUGCUUAAAAAUAGCAGAGGAUGUGGCUCAGGGUCUUGCUUACAUCCAUCAAGCAUCAAAGCUCGUCCACGGCAAUCUGAAAUCCUCCAAUGUCCUCCUUGGUGCAGACUUCGAGGCCUGCCUCACGGAUUAUUGCAUCUCUGUCCUUGCAGACUCUUCUUUGAUUGACGAUCCCGACUCUGCAGGCUACAAAGCCCCUGAAAUCCGCAAGUCUGGCCGUCGGACCACUGCCAAGUCUGAUGUUUAUGCCUUUGGCAUUCUCUUAUUAGAGCUUCUGACAGGUAAGCCUCCUUCACAGCACCCAUUUCUCGUGCCCUCCGAUAUGCCAAAUUGGGUUAGAGCGAUGAGGGAAGACGAUAUCGGGGAAGAUGAACAGCUUGUAAUGCUUGUUGAGGUAGCUGGUAUUUGUAGCUUGACGUCACACGAACAGAGGCCGACAAUGUGGCAGGUGUUGAAGAUGAUACAAGAGAUGAAAGAGAGUGUAAUGGUAGAAGAUUAUGCAAAGAAUGCACAAAUCGGAUAUUCAUAGUUUUGUUUUGUAAUUACAGGAAUGGCUGCAAAGAAGAGAAUUGAGUUCGAGGCAUAGUCGAAUGUCUCCUUGGAUGGUAUAUGUCCUAAGAAAUUAUAGUAGGGAUUUUUGGGGGUUGAAGAGGAGCUUAGGAAUGAAUUAUCAUUUUGAGAUAUGAAUUCUAAGCUAUUGUUCUUCAUGUUGAAGUUUUGCUUCUUAGAGCUAAUUUAUAAUAUGCUUUUCAAAGCUAACUUACCGGUUUGCGAGUUUAA